ACAAAUCGUCCAGCGGGAGGGUGAGGAGUGUUCUGCUUUAUCUGCUUUUCCCGUCUGUAGGCGUUUUUAACAAGUGUUGUGUAGUUUUUUGAAUAGAGGCCACGUUUUUAUAUCCAUUUAAAAGCCAGUUUCUGUAAGAACAAUUUCCUCGUAACUUCCUGUGGUCUGCUUCUCUACGUUAACGUUAGCUAGUUAGAGCCGUUAACGACUCAGAUUUGCUGAACGAUGGGACCGACUGGGUUUUAUGAUUUUCGCUUUAUCGGAAGUAAAAUAAGGACAUAGCAUGAGUUUGGCUGUUCUUAAGCUGUUCUGGUUGUUUAUGAAACAAAACAAAGAGGAAAUGACCCUCUGCUAGCACAGGAGGACACAUAAAGACAUUAAGGAAGCUACCAUAACCUUUGCGGCCCACACUUGUGGAUGAUAAUUUCUGGAUUAAUAAAUACCUGGUUAAGUGAUCCUAAUGCAUCCACUAAUGGAGAACUGAUCCUACCAUGCUCGCUCUGAGACUAGAGCAAGGCAGGCGGAGUCUUGGUGAAGUUGAUCAUCUGCAGAAAGGGGCCACCACUGCCUGGCAGGGCCGGCAGCCAGGGAGACCAUCUUCUCAUGAGCAUGGCAUUAACAUCAAAGACAAGAUCUCCCAAUGGGAAGGUCGUAGCCUGCAGGGCAGCGGCCAGGAUGCAGGAGUCAAAGCACACCCUCCCAUUGUAUCUCGAACUCUGUCUGCAGACCUCUUGGGCAAUGGAUGUUCCAGCGAAACCUCUAGAGGGGGGCUUCAUGCAAAAGGCAGUCUCUCAAAAGCAAAGAGCUUUGGGUUAGAUUUUAGGGAAUCCCCAGCACAUGUUGGACAUGGUGUGGUUGGUCGCAAGUCGGAACCUUUGCAGAAAUGUUCCAGUGAAUUUUCAACCACAUCCCCUGGAAAACAAACUCUUUCAGCACAAAUAUUUGGAUCAUCUACAGUGGAGCCUAACACAGCUUUUUCUACAAGUAAACACAUUUUUUCUGCAUAUGGUGACCGAAAACCGGGUCGGAUCUUGGAUGUUGAAAUACUUUCUAAACCUCUACCUCCAUCAACUGAUGACCAAGAUGACAACAUGCCGGCUGGAAACUUCUACACUUCUCGGGGUUUCUGGCGGAAGCUUGAGGGGGACAGACUGCUCUGGGAGAAGGGUAAGAGGUCUGCAGGUGAAGCUCAUCCUCCUCCCAAACCUUUGCGGACAUUCCAGUAUUGUGGAGCCAACAACAGCACAAGGCACACAGUGCAAUGGAACAGCAGAUCCCUUCAUAACAACCACUUCAACAUGAGAAGCAGGAGGGUAGCACACCCACCUAGCUUUCCACCUCCUCCCUGUCCGGUCACAGCAAAUGAAGGGCUUUCGAGGCAUAAAAAGAACAGGAAGUCCUUUGAGUAUGAGGAUGCAGCACGUCUGACAGCGCAGGAAAGCUCUGUGGGAGAUGGAGCCAUGCGCUCAAACCUUUACCAUGCCUACUCUGAUGACAACAUAUACGAGGACAUCGUCUGUGAAGGGACAACUAAUGACCCCUAUGAGGAUGUCAGGUUGUCUCCCAUGUGUCUUCCUACUGCAAGGCCUCAAGUCCCACAGCUACCCCCUAAACCUCAAACUUUGCAUGGAUAUACUGGCAAAGUGGAGAGAAAGAUGUUCCAGUCGUUUACAUCAUCCAAAUCCUCAACCCUUGCAGAUGCAUCAAAACCAGCAAUACGGCACACCAGCACUCAAAAAAUCCACCGGAUGCCACAGUACGUCAGCAAGAUUGAGACCAUUUUUGACGACAAGCGAGGGAGGAAGAGAGUGAGGAACCAAGGGCUCUCAGUUCGAGAGGAGACCAGUGGGACAGAGAGUGACCCUGAGGACAACAGCAAAGCAGGUUCCAGAAGAUCAGUUUACAUUCAAUCUACACUGAGACGUCGGCCAGGAUACCGCACCCUGGAGAGAGACUUGAUCCAACUGCAGCAGCAGCAGCUUUUCCAGAUCUUUGUGGUGGUGUCGCUGAGAAAAGGCUCCCAGGGAAACACCUACUCCCCUGAAAUUACACAACAGUUCCCCAAAAUGUUUGAGAAAUCAUCGCGGCUGUCUAAAGAAGCUGAGGACCAGCUGAAAGUGAUUCCCAAGUUCUGCUUCCCCGAUUCUCAGGACUGGAAGCCUGCAGGACACAUGCCAAGUGAGACCUUUUCCUUUGUCCUGACUGGAGAGGAUGGCAGUCGCUGGUUUUGUUAUUGCCGCAAGAUCCUGCCCAGUGGAAAAGGGAAGAGGCUUCCCGAAGUACAUUGUAUUGUCAGCAAGUUGGGCUGUUUCAACCUGUUUGCAAAGAUUCUGGAAGAGGUGGAGCGGCGCAGAGAAAUUUCCCCAGCGCUGGUUUAUCCCUUUAUGCGUAGUGUGAUGGAGGCCCCAUUCCCAGCCCCUGGACGCACAGUCACAGUCAAAAGCUUCCUCCCUGGCUCAGGGAAUGAGGUACUGACUUUAUGUCGACCAGUGGACUCCAGACUGGAGCAUGUGGACUUCGGCAGUCUGCUGCAGUGUCUCAGUGUUGGGAGGCUCCUUCAGGUUUUUGCCUCCCUUCUGCUUGAGAGAAGGGUCAUCUUCAUUGCUGACAAACUCAGUGUGUUGUCCCGAUGUGGCCACGCAGUGCUGGCGUUGCUGUACCCUUUCACUUGGCAGCAUACAUUCAUACCCGUGUUACCAGCUAGCAUGCUGGACAUCAGCUGUUCCCCAACCCCUUUUCUUAUUGGUGUGCUGGCACCGUGCCUGCCACAGCUGCUGGAGCUUCCUAUUGAGGAGGUGCUCAUAGUGGAUCUGUGUGCAGACAAGUUUGUCUUUCAGCUGGGCGAUGAAGACUGCAUCCUGCCCAGUAAACUGCAGGCAGCACUGCAGCAGAUCCUGGAGGAGAGGGAAGAUAUUCUGAGACAAGACAAUGGAGACACACAUGGAGGCCAGCAGGCUGACCUGAGCUGCCUGGUGUCAGAAGGUUUUGUGCGGUUCUUCGUGGAGCUAGUGGGCCACUAUCCCCUCCACAUGGCUGAGAAUUCCAGUGGAACUAAGGAGCUUCAGCGUGACAGUUUCCGCAAAUCUCACCCUUCCCGUGGAGUCCGACAGUUCCUGCAGCUCUUCAUGGAUACCCAGAUGUUUGCUGGCUUUAUUCAGGACAAAGAGCUGCGCAAGGGAGGAGGAAGAGGUCUCUUUGAAGCAAGAGUGGCUGAAUAUCUGGAUUCAUGCCCUGAGCCUGAGCCAAGUGGCGUGAACAAAUUUCUUAAAGGACUGGGUAACAAAAUGAAGCUCCUGCAAAUUAAAUGAAAAUUAGACCAACAACUUGACUUGAAAAUGAAAGACUUUGUAAUUAAAAACACUUGUUGCUGGUGGACCGACUGAGCGUACUAAACUUGGAGAUUUCUGCUUUCUGGGAGUGAAUGGGACGAUGAGGAUAGUAGAUGAAAACUGGAAACAUUUUUAUAUUUUUUCCAGCAUUGUGAUUAAGCCCUGAUAAUUGGGUAUCGUGUCUUUGUGAAAUAACAAGCAUUCCAGCUACUGGAGAUCAACAUUAAUGUGACAAAAUUAUCUGUACUUGGAAACUUGUUUAACUUCUCUAAUAUUUCAGUCAGGAGAUGUAACUUAAGUAUUGUUAAUACUUCACAGGUGUAAAUAAUGUGUGAAUCCAUCCGGAAGCAAGUUUUUAUACAUCUGUUAAUUCCAUUUUCAGUGCUUUUCUUUCAGCUGAGACUAACUUCUCUCUGGCUACUGUCUUAGAUCAAGUCAAGGUUCUGAUCAUUUCAGACUGUUAGAUAAAACUUUUUUCUUUUUUUUUUUAAACGUAUCCUUAAUUUUUCUCCCUGUUAACUAUUUUUGUUUACAUUUUGCACAUGUUCAAAACCGAUGUACAGUAUUUGGAAUAUUUUUAUAGUAAAGCAUGACAUGUCCUACAUACUUUAUAAAGCAGUUCCCAAGGACAAUA